UGACGUCCGCGGUUAAGCAAGUCGAACUCCGGAACAGCAAUUGUCGCCCAGCGCUGCGCAUUUGCCUCGCCCACUUUUCGAGACCAGCGGCCCUCUUUCCCCGGACCUGAAUCGCUGUGCAUGGCCCUCGUGACCAUUUAUUUUUAUUUUGCGAUCGAUUCCGAGUCUUGAACGAAAAGACUACCUUGACUUGCAUCUGUUCUGCCGUAGUUUCAGUGUCAUUGUUUAGUGCUUCGUCUUAGUCUUCCUUCGUCCCGAAAAGCCUUAAACCACCUUCACGAUCGAUCCGCCAUUGCCAUACACUAUCGAGGCGAAGCGGCCAACCAGGACGCAGAUAUUACACAUCUCCCCUGACGACCGGCCCAACAGCUCACAACCUCGAGGUGUACAGAACUGUUUGUCUCAGGAGGGAGGAACACGGCAAAGAGCGAGGGAAUGCCGGCGCAAGAUGCUUCUACGCCCGAUAUACCACUCUCAAGAGAAGGUCACGCGGACGCCCUCGUCGGCACGAUGGACGGCAUCGUCAAGAAGGCCGGGAGCGUCGUCAUAGGCGGGAGCGGAAGCACGAGACCGGAAAGGUUACCACAGACACCCGACGACGUCGACGCCUCGGCCACGACAGCGCCCGCCAAGAGGAAAAAGCCCGACAAGCACAGCAUGGACUACAUGAUACGCUCGGGUGUUGCGGGUGGACUGGCAGGGUGUGUUGCCAAAACCACAGUCGCGCCUCUCGAUCGAGUCAAGAUCCUCUUCCAGACCAGCAACCCCCAAUUCGCCAAAUACCAGAACUCCUGGGCCGGCUUCGCCCGCGCCGUGCGCGACAUCUACGCCAGCAACGGCAUCGCGGGUCUGUUCCGCGGCCACUCCGCCACGCUGCUGAAGAUCUACCCCUACGCGGCCAUCAAGUUCGUCGCCUACGAGCAGUACCGCUCCAUCAUCAUCGGGUCCAGGGCACAGGAGACGUGGUUCCGGCGCUUCAUGGCCGGCGCGACGGCCGGCGUCACCUCCGUCUUCAUCACCUACCCCCUCGAGGUCAUCCGCGUCAGGCUGGCCUUUGAGACGAAGCACAGGAGCUCGGGCCUCGCCGACAUCUGCAAGAAGAUCUACCACGAGCAGCCGCUACCCAAAGCGACCGCCGCCGCCGCCGCCGCGAGCACGGCGCAGGCGGUCACGCCGAGGUCGGGAUUCGUCAAUUUCUACCGGGGCUUCUCGACGACCUUGUUGGGCAUGAUCCCGUACGCGGGCAUGUCGUUCAUGACCCACGACACGGCCGGCGACGUCUUCCGGCUGCCCUCGAUACGAGAGUACACGACGCUGCCGCAGCCCGCCAACGCGCCGGCCGACAAGCCCGCCCCGCUGCGCGCGUGGGCAGAGCUGACGGCCGGCGGCAUCUCUGGCGCCGUCUCGCAGACCGUGUCGUACCCCCUCGAGGUGAUCCGGAGACGCAUGCAGGUCGGCGGCGCGGUGGGGGACGGGCACCGUCUCCGCAUCGGGGAGACGGCAGGUCUCAUUUUCAAGGAGCGCGGCAUGUCCGGCUUCUUUGUCGGCUUGACCAUCGGCUACAUGAAGGUCAUGCCCCUGGCCGCUGUGAGCUUCUAUACGUAUGAGAGGAUGAAGACCGUGUUUGGUAUCUAGAGGGAGCGGAGAAGGGGGUUUACGUGUGGCGAGGUUCCUCGACGGCAUAAGAUCAUAGCGGAGUUGGGGCGUUCUUCUUUUCUUCUUUCUGGUGGCAUACCUCGGGUGAAAACAAACACAGUCAUGUGGGCACAGGUAUCCUCAUUUUCUAGAGGUUGGAGAUUACAAGGAUUGGAAACACUGCAUAGCAAGGCGCGGCAAAGGAAUGUCCAUAUAGACGGUCGUCUGCACAUCAAGUAUCCGCACACAAUAGAAUCGAACUGGUUCAUCGUCCCA